CACCACCCAUAGUCACGUGAUGCCACACUAAUACAAAUUUCUCAUGACGGUUUUGAAGGCAGGGGAGAGACCGCGAGAGAAGUGAAUAUUCUUCCUCUUUGGGGUGUUCAGUUGGCACACCAUCAAACUGACUAAGUAGGAGUAGUAUCCAGAGGUCGACGAUUCGGAUUUACGGGGACUGUUGCUCGGCGUCGCCGACAAAAGGGUGGAGUUUCCGCGGGGGCGCCGUCGAGAUCAAGUCGACUUUCAAACAUGGCGGCCGAGCCAACACACUUCCAGAGCGACCCGGCGAGCCAUUUUGUCAAUCACCUCGGCCAGAGGUACGGCAUGCAGGACGUUUCAGACAGCGACAUCCAACAGAAACUGGAGUACCUCAGAGAACACAUCAAAAACGACAUCAAGAAGGAGUACAAAAUCAAGGAGGGCGCCGAGAAAGUCAGGAAAGUCACCACCGACAAGAAGAGCCUGGCCAACGUGGACAGUAUCGUCAAAAAGUCCAACAAAAAGAUACAAGAACUACACGAACAGUUGCAGGAACUGAACGCCCAUAUAGUCGUGUCACAGUCGGCCUCCGAGUCCGCAGACCUAACUGACUCGGAGCCGUUCUCCCCUGAUGAGAAGGGAUCCAAGCGAGACAGUGGGACCAACUUCAACAGCCGCGUGUCAGCCCUGCAGAAACAGCUGACUAUCGAGAUGAAGGUCAAACAGGGGGCAGAGAACAUGCUCAACAUGUACUCAACAGGUUCCUCCAAGGACCGUAAGCUGCUAGCAGAAGCCCAGCAGAUGCUGAAGGACAGCAGGACCAAGAUAGAGAUCAUCCGCAUGCAGAUUCUCAAGGCAGAGACACAGUCCAGUCAGGAGAACAACGUUCCCGAGGCUUCAUCUGGGGAUACCGCAACACCGUGUAUCACAGACACUUACACCACCCAACGUCUGCUGAGAGGACUGGCCAACUUAAGUCUGUCCGGGAGUCCAUUGGAGAGCGGUAGCGCCGAUGAACUGAGGAUAGCGACCCUCAGACAUCACAUGAAGAUCGAGUCGGCCAUCGUGGAGGGCGCCAAGAAUGUGGUGAGACUGUUGGGCGCAGGGAAAGAGACAGACAAGAGAGCUGUGUCGGAGGCACAAACCAAACUCCAGGAGUCGUCCCAGAAGCUGGACAUCUUGAAGUUCUCCUUGGAGAAACACUUGAAGAACAUGCCCGAGGCCUCAGACAAGAGGAAGGAGAUCGAGUCAGAACUCUCGCUGACUUCGCCGGUGUCCUACAGGACGUCUGGGAGCUACACCCAGCAGACGUACUCAGCCUAUCCCAAGCCUGCCGCCCUCACAGGUCGUCUGGACGUUCGGCUGAUGGGUUGUCAGGACCUGUUGGAGACCGUGCCGGGACGGUCGCGGAGCAGCAGCCCCACGUUUCCCAUCAGCAGCCCGGGGGAGACAAAGAGCGGAGGGUUCAUGUCGGCCAAGCGCAGUUUCCACGGGCGAAACAGCAGCAAAACUUACAGUGUCAAACAAGAUGACUUAUCAAAUGAAGUUAUGGCAGUUAUGAAGUUAGACAACAAAAUGGUUAGCCAAACUGCGUGGAAGCCAUGUAGUAACCAAGCCUGGGACCAGAGAUUUAAUAUAGACUUAGAUAGGUCAAGGGAGUUAGAGAUAGCAAUCUAUUGGAAGGACUGGCGGUCAUUAUGUGGGAUGAAGUACCUGAGGUUAGAGGACUUCCUGGACAACCAGAGGCACGGCCUGUGUGUGGACAUCGAACCCACAGGGAAACUAUUCAUAGAGGUAACCUUCUACAACCCAGUAAUAGAGAGGAAACCUAAGCUUCAGAGGCAGAAGAUCUUCCCAAAACAUAAAGGAAAGAACUUCCUGAGGCCCGGCCAGAUGAACAUCAACGUGGCGACGUGGGGCCGGCUGAUGAAGAGAGCGCUCCCCCAGGCAUGUGGCACUAGUCCCUCCACCUUCAGUCCCAUUAGUGAGGUCGGGAGUGGUGGUGCCACGCCCGUGAAGCCCAGCACGCCACACGAGCGGACGGCGGCCCACAGGUUACAGUUCGAGCAGGAGCCGCCCGAGAAACCGCCGCGUGGCGAAUCCCUCCAGGACAACUCCGACACCAAGAAGAACUCGGUAGCAGAACACGAAGUCCAAGUUAGUGAGAGCGUUAACUCUCCCGGUUUUUACGACAGCGUAAUGGAUGCCUUGUCUGCGUUUGACUUCCUGGUGGGGGACCAGUCACCGGACACGUCGCUGGAGUCUCCGGGGAUCAGACCGGGUGCGCUGACGUCACCACCGCCUGUACCACCUCAUCAGCAGGAGUACACAGGCACAUCUUCGACCAUGACCAUGGAUAAUUUCCGACCAGUAGCAGUUCUAGGAAGGGGACAUUUUGGGAAGGUCCUGCUGGCAGAGUACAAGAACACAGGGGAGCUCUUCGCCAUCAAGGCUCUGAAAAAAGCCGACAUUCUGGCAAGGGACGAGGUCGAAAGUUUGAUGUGUGAGAAGCGUAUUUUCGAGGCGGCUAACUCCAUGCGGCACCCGUUCCUGGUGAACCUGUUUGCGUGUUACCAGACGAAGGGCCACGUGUGUUUCGUAAUGGAGUACGCCAGCGGAGGGGACCUGAUGAUGCACAUCCACUCGGAUGUCUUCUCUGAGCCCAGGACUGUGUUCUAUGCAGCUUGUGUAGUGCUGGGGUUGCAGUUCUUACAUGAACACAACAUAGUAUACAGAGACUUGAAGCUGGACAACUUGUUGCUGGACUCGGAAGGUUUCCUGAAGAUUGCCGACUUCGGGCUGUGUAAGGAAGGCAUGGCAUACGGCGACAGGACCAGCACAUUCUGCGGGACGCCCGAGUUUCUGGCGCCGGAGGUCCUGACGGAAACUUCCUACACGAGAGCGGUGGACUGGUGGGGACUCGGGGUCCUCAUCUUCGAGAUGUUGGUAGGAGAGUCCCCGUUCCCUGGUGAUGAUGAGGAGGAGGUGUUUGACAGUAUCGUGAAUGACGACGUGCGUUACCCCAGGUUCCUGUCUACCGAGGCCAUUGCCAUCAUGAGACGGUUACUGAGGAGAAACCCAGAGAGAAGACUGGGGUCAACCGAGAGAGAUGCAGAAGACGUCAAGAAACAACCUUUCUUUAGAAAUGUGAAUUGGGAUGACCUGCUGAUGAGAAGAGUUAAACCGCCAUUUGUGCCAACAAUUAAACAUUCAGAAGACGUUAGCAACUUUGACGAGGAGUUUACGACAGAAGAGCCGAUCCUGACGCCACCGCGGGAACCACGACACAUCUCCGGAGAGGAACAGGAGAUGUUCAAAGAGUUUGAGUACAUGGCCGACUGGUGCUAACAAGGAAGGACCAUAGAUAAACUUACAGAAUUAUACUAUGUAUAGUUUCUCCUCAAUCCUUGAUGACUGAUAUUAUUCUUCAGCCUGAAAAUAAGCUUGGAGAGAUGUGGUUAUGGGUGUGACGACUACUGAAGGUUUAGAUAUUAUCAGUGUAAUUAUUAGUUGAGAAUCCUCACACUUUAUUAUUAUUACCAGGAACAUGCACGACUCAGUUCUGUACAGUGAUUAUGUGAAAGCCGGCUUACUUGCCAUCUCCCAGGCCAGUGCAUGAUUGAACACGCUGAUUUUAUACCAUGGAAAAGAUUAAAACUGAAUCAGUGUGCUUAUUUAACAGGGGAUGCAUAUGAUAAUUCAGUUACCCUGUCUAUAACUGACUUCUCUGAACAAUAAGCCAGGAAAUGCUAAAAAUUGUGACCCAAACAACCUUUAAAAAAAUACCCAGGAUGAAAAUAUUCAAAAAGUAUCUGUCCACAUUUUCAAUGGUUGUAAAGAAUAAACCCAUAUUUGGAGAUUUGCAUUAAAAUUUUGGUUAUCUGACCCAGUUUUGGACUGUGCAAGAAUUACCGAAUCGCUGCAACAGCACUUUUUUUACUGUAAUUGUAAAUGGCAAAUUACUGUCACAGCUAUCCUUGCAUUUCAAGUCCAAUGUCACUUACCAGACACUAGCUAUUUAUGUUACAAUUGAGAAUACUUCUUAAUGUACAAAGCACACUCAAAAAGUAUCAUUUAAGCCUACACUGUCAAUUAUUAAGUCAAUGUAUCAAUUUUCUAUACAAAUGAAUGAGAGGUGUUUAAUCUGUUGUAUUUGGUGACUGUUUCUUUAGAUAGGAGGAAAAUUCUCUAUACAAGAAAGAAUUGCUACUACAUAUCUUUACAUGCAUCAUGAAUAUACAUCACUAUUUGUUUUACAGCCAAGGCAACAAAGUGGACUUAAUGCUAUGCACUGUACUGUUGAUAGUGCCUUGGCUAUCACUACCAAUAUGCAAGCCUGUGAUGUUAACAACAACCUUUAUAAAUAACUUGUGCUAAAAAUGGAGCAGGAACCAUCUACAAAUGAUUUAUUUAUGCAACACUGAUGCCUAAGCAAUGGUAUAUUGAGGGAUUGUUCACUUGAUAUUUGGGGGAGGAUCAUUUUAGGAUACCUUUUACAAAAGCAACCGUGUAAGGGAACAAAUAUAUGCAAGACAUGUAUGUUGUAGGGUUUUAUAAAGAUUAUUAUAACAGGGUUUGACCCUCCCCCAGAAUAUCAACUGAUCUACCCCCUACAAAGAGUUGGGAACAUGUAUUCUAUUAAAAAGUAUUCUUCACAAAGGAUGUUUUUAGCUAUAACAGAAUAGGGAACAGUUUUUGUAAUGUAACAUCUAUAUCUAAACCAGUUAGGGACCAUUGUUGUUCUGUCCACCCAUCCACUAACUGUUGAACAGCAUUUUGAAUUUUACAUGCAGGUGUUGUUAUGCAAGUACGGACCCAAAGACAGUGAAGUACAUAGGAAUUGUGCUAUUAUGUGAUGUUCAGUGGCAUAGCAGUUCGCAAUACCAUGUUGGAAAAUUGACAGUAUUUGUGACAAAUGUUUAAAAGCGAUACUAUGCCUAACCUUAUCACAAAUGUGUGACAGAUUUUUAUCGCACCUUUACUGUUUUAUAAAGGACAAAAACAAGCCACACAAGCAAAAACUAUCAGAUCCCCUCCCACUAUUAAGGAAGACAAGGGAAUUUUUCCUACUCUUAAGAAUGCACGGCUUCAAACCCAUCAGAAAUGACUUGCUUUAUCACAUACAGCAAGUACACAGUAUACAGCUUCAUGUACUUGGUACAUACACAGACAGAUACGUUUACAUAUACAGAUUUUUGCCAUUGCUAUAUGACUUGUGUAGUAUGACGGGUAUGUACUAAAUGACAGUGCCAUCGUACUUGACACACAUUGUACUUAAAACUUGUGGAAUCAUGUGAGGAAAGAAGAAGCACCGCCACAGAAAUAUUGUACAGUCUCGUAGCUUAGCUUCAACAGAGCAAUAACCGGCACAAAACGGUGUGAUUUCAAGAAAACACAUCAGAACUUUAGGCAAAUAUUUUAAAAAGGUAUCAAUACAAGUUUAUGAAGUUUACAAAGGGCUGUUCCAAUCUAGAAGGGGUGGGUGCUUGCUGUUUUUAUAACAACUUGUUUAGGAAAUGCAACCUCUGCAAAAGCAAGACGUCAAUAAAACCCAUCCACCCACCCCUACCUGAUAAAGUGGAACAUCCCGACAAGGUGACCAUUGUUGACUGCAAUACCAUUGCAGUUGCUAGGGGGCACAUUCAGUGCUCCUUCAUAUAGUGCCAGACGUAGGUACUAAAAUAUGUGACCCAACAUUGUACAUAGUUUUGUAUAGUAUGCAAUUAUAGUACCAUGGUACAACUGUGGGUACUUGUACAUUUUCAGAGGGAGGUGUUAUCCUGGUCAUUCUUUUUUUAAUGGCUAGGGAAGAACUGUUCCUUCUCUUUUAUUCUGUGUAGAAAAUGUCUGGUAGAUUUUUUGUUCCCAUUCCCUUCUCGAUGUCUGAUGAUGUAUGUGUGUAUUCAUGGGAGAAGAUUAAAGCAGAAAUCAGAUACCCAAUG